CUGGUGGUUGUCACGAGUCAUGUCGAAGUACCCCGCCUCAAGCUUCCCUCGAGCUACCCCACUCACUUCACCUCACUUCUCUCUACUAAGAGCAAACGAUUCAAUCAUUGCUUGUCAGCUGAAUCUAAGCUUUUCGAUAUUGCACCUAACACGGUGGUAAUUUGAACUUCACUUGGCCUCGUCAGCUUCAAUUCUUGAUCUAACCGAGGCAAUUUCUAUCCAGAGACAGCUAUUUUGUGACUAGGCAAAACAAGAUCAUCCCUCCGCGGCCAUUCCUAAUUCAAAUCCUUCCUCAUUCCACCCAUCUCCACCGCUAUGUCCGGUCAAAAAACUCGCCAAUGGAUUCUCGCGAACCCACCUGAGAUGGACCCUGUCCUUAGCGGUGACAACGCCACAUUUACCCUCGAAACCAAGACUCUUUCCCCCCCUAAACCCAGACAGGUUCUCGUUAAAUCCCUGUAUCUCUCAAACGAUCCUGCACAAAGGGCCUGGAUCCAGAAAGACCAGGAUCCCGAGCGCCUGUAUACCACACCAGUCGUCAAGGGCGAUGUCAUGCGCGCAUUUGGCGUUUGCGAGGUUGUUGAAUCGAAUUCGGAUCUGAAAAAAGGUCAGCUUGUCGUAGCUACCACGGGAUGGAGCGAGUAUGAGGUAGUAGACGCGAAGGAUUGCCGUGCUAUUCAGCCUGAUGAGAGCGUCGGAAUCCGUCCGACACACUUCAUCGGUGCGUUAGGGGGUCCGGGUCUGACAGCGUAUUAUGGCCUCAUCGAUGUUGUGGGUACAAAGGCAGAAGACGCCGUGGUUGUCUCAGGAGCAGCUGGCGCAACAGGAAGCAUGGUUGUGCAAAUCGCAAAGCACAUCGUUGGCUGCAAGAAGGUCAUUGGCAUUGCGGGUGGAACGAAAAAGUGCAAGUGGGUAGAGAGCCUCGGCGCGGACGUCUGCGUAGACUACAAGAGCCCGGAUUUCAAGGAGCAGCUAUGUAAAGCUACUGAGGGGUUCGUGGAGGUGUAUUUUGAUAAUGUUGGUGGCGAGAUUCUGGAUCUCAUGCUCACGAGGAUGAAGCGAUAUGGACGAAUCAGUGCUUGUGGUGCCAUUUCAAACUACAACAAGAUAGGAGAUCCGGUUGGAGUGAAGAAUUGGAUGCAAAUUGUUAUGAACAGGCUUGAAGUGAAGGGAUUCAUCGUCACCGACGCGGUUGUUGCGGGGAAGACGGGAGCCAUGCUGCAGAGGAUGGUACAGGCCAUCAAAGAGGGCAAGCUCAAGAUUGGGUCAGAGACGGAGACAGUGGUACCAACGAAGUUUGAGGAUAUUCCUAAGACAUGGAUGAUGCUAUUCGAGGGAGGAAAUCAAGGCAAGCUCGUUACCGCCAUCAAAGGGUGACGAGUUUGAGGUCAGUUGACGUUGAAUUAAGGCUGUACUACAUCAAGACUGAUAUCAAAC